UUAAAGUAUCCCGUGGACAUCAGAGACGUUCGGUUCUAUUCUCUUAAUGUUCUUCCUCUGAGCUGAAUGUUAAACGAUUCUAUACAAACCGUCUAAAUGCAGCUAACUAAACAGCGUUAUAACUGAAGCAUUUGUUUCCUUCUCUUCACUAAAGACAAGCAGACAAGUGUACUGAGCUUUCGAUCAACUCCUGUUCAUUGGCUAACUACAUGUAAUAUUGGCUAAUAUUUACAUGGACUUUUAAACCAUGUUAAACAGUAUUUUUUCAAAAGCAGAGCUGAACCAUGAGGACUGUCCAGGUCAGAAAGUACCAAUGUGAAGACGAAGAGAGAGUAAAGGAAAUCUUCACUUUAGGGAUGAGCGAGCACGUGCCUGCCUUAUUUAGGUUUGUCCUCAAACAGCCGCUGAGCCAGGUGGUGUUUAUGUGUACAUUCUGUGCUCUUUUGACCAUCUCUAAGUCAUUUCUGCUACCUUUCGUGGUAGUCACCCUGAUGGUGGCUGGGGUUCGGAUGACUGCUGUUUACAUGAGCAACCAGAACAUCAAAACCUGCCUCAGGCGAGACCUGAAUGACAUCACUGAGAACUACAUGAAGCAGACGGGUGCUUGUUUCUGGGUGGCUGAAACUGACGGCCGUGUUGUGGCAACAGUGGCGUGCCGGCCCAAUAAGGCACAGCCUGGCUGUCUGGAACUGAAGCGUGUGUCGGUACUAUGGAGUCACCGCAGGAUGGGCAUUGCUAAGGCUCUUAUUCGGACAGUGGUAGAUUUUACACGUGACAGAGGCUACGCUGCAGUCAUCCUGCAAACAGCGGUGAUUCAAACUGAUGCUCACAGGCUGUAUGAGGCCAUGGGCUUUCAGAAGAUAAGAGAGGUAUUUCUACCUGAAACUAUAACCAGAAUUAUAAACUUCACUUUGUUUGAGUACAGACUGGAUUUACAGAGAUAGAGUAGAAGAGAAUGACAAUAUUUUAAGACAAAUGAAAUCAUGCCUCAAGAAUCCAAAGAAAAUGAAUAAAUGACAUUUUUCAUUUUU